GUGGUGGCAAUUGCAAUGCUAGAGUUCAUAAGGAUGCAAACCCUCAAGCGAGGUGCUCCUGCAAAUUGUUGGUGACGCAUAAACAGGCUGGAGCUAUCAUAGGGAAAAGUGGUUCAGAAAUUUCCCAUAUGGAACAGGUCAUGAAACAGCGUUGA